UUGAUGACUUGAUAUCAACAUCUUAUCUAGAGCAUUAUACCCAUUAUACCAUAGACAUGUGAACAUAAAAAGGUCGCAAAAAACGUCUUUCAAACUGGGAAGGGAAACUUCUGUCACCAUGUAACUGUGGACAAUGCUACCAAGGACUGCACAUUAUGCUGCAAAGAUUAAUUACAAAUAAACAUAAAGACUAGCAGUCUAGUAGCGAUUAGUCGAUUUUCAGCCGAAAUUUCAAGGCUUCAGUGACCAAGACAUUCUUUGGUUGAUUAAAGCCCUACUUUCCACUGUUAUAGAUUUUGACUGACCUAAUUGGUUGCAAAUCCUCCAGUAAGAUGUGUACAUUUUUGGUUUAAAGCAUGGAAAGCUACGUGGAAGCUAGCUCAGAAUUGUAAGCUUUGACAAUUAACUUAAAGAUUCAGAGUGAAGAGCUUUUAUUGUUUCUUUAACUUUUGAGAACGUGACAUGUUUUUCAUACUCUUUCCUUUACUCAACUAACAGGCUAAAUAUGCCAAAUAUGGAUUACAUGGAUAAAGAGAUGAUUGGGGAACUGAUCCUACUCAAUUUAAGGUCAAUUUCUAUUGCAGCAGUGUUGUCUUCUGUUUUACAUAUAUUUUGAAAACAUUUUGCACCCUUCAGGUAGAGGGAAGCUAAAGAAAAGUUGUUAAGCUGCAAUGCAGGAAACUAUUUGACAAGGUGCACCAUAAACCUUCAGUUGAGAAUCUACUUCUGCUCACUUUUAGUUUUAAGUCACUCAUUUCUGUUACCUUGUUAAAAGAUUUAAAGUAAAUUUUCCACUCCCAAUAAAGACAAAAUGAAUAAAAAGCCAUUUAUGUGACAAAAUGUUGCUGGAAUUAACUGGGAUUUAAUUCCCAUUUAAACCCAUUUAGGGCUUUCUAAACCAAACCCUGUUCAUAAAUACAAUGACAAAGAGGAUAUUUGUCUGACUGACAAGACUAGCUAAAAAGACAAAAAAAAAGACUGUGUGCAAAGCCACCUUUUUAUAUAACUUCGUUUUUUAUAAUAGUGCAUGUCACCCACAGUCCUAACACAUUUUAAGGUUUAAUUUUUUUCUGUAGUAUUUAGAAUGUGUGCUACAAUAUUUUUCUGAAAUAUAUUUAAAUGAGAAUUGAACUUUACAAUAGAGCAGAAAACAAAAACAAUACAAAAGAUGUAGAGGAGAUAUAUUUACAAUAUCCAAGAGGUACCGAUUUUUAAUGUGUAAAAGAAAUUUUAUUCUAUGCAUCACAGUUUAAACAUAAACAAAAUCUAUCUUUGCGUAAAAUACGCAUACUUUUUGCCAAUGCAAACAUUUGAUUGAGUUGGCUUCAUAUUAUUUUAUCUAAAUUUCAAUUCUCUAAAUUGUGAGUAUUAAUGAUUUAAAACGAUGUUUGUUAUUUAUGUAGUUUUUUUCUUAUGCCUAAAACUUUUGCACGUCAUUUAAAUAAAUAAAGACGCAUAUCAAAAACCGAGGCGUUUUUGUAUCCCUACUAUAAGUGCGGUCUUGAUUCAGGCCUGUUCUGCACAAUUCUGUUGAAUUGCACCUUCAGGUCGCACUCAAAUAACAUGUUUGCACCAACUGCCGUCGCUGCAAUAGGCAGUUGUUCUUUUGUUGUUCCUGUCGUAGCCUGCAGUAUACUGCAAAGGGUGCACGCAUUUGUGUUUUUCACUACAACGCUGAUGGAUAUGUAGUUACGUUCGACGGCAUGCACUGCAUUCCACCGAGUAGUCUGUGGAAGCCAAAACAGCCAUAGCUGGACAGAAAUGGUCACACUCAAACAAGCUUUAAGACACCAUUUUGAAAAUCCACGAAUUCUAGAUAACAACAUCGAGAUGCCAUCUUGCCAAUUAUGGCAAUAUUAGCAGCAUGCUAGCGUCACGCAAUUCAAACCAUUCCGCCGCAAGAAUCCGUGUGGGUCACACAAUACUAAUGUUAGCACAAGUCUUGUGUUAGCCUGAAAGGACGAGUGCUAACCCGCCGUAGCAUCCCCGCAUCUCUCGCACUGUAAUAAGGGAAGAUGGACGAAAAUCAAGAGUCAUCCACUUGCAUCACCAACUGCAAAAUCCACACCCUUUCCAACAGUCAACCUGGCAUCGUUCCACAACAAAACGGGGCCCCAGAGCACCGGACCCUGCUACGGGUUUCUGAGUCCCAUGGACUGCAGCUCCUCAGCAUGCUCAGGUCAUUGAGGGAUCGAGGUUUGUUGUUUGACUUCACCAUUAAGGUCCAGGAUCGCAGUUUUGCAUGCCAUCGUUGUGUCCUGGCAGCUUGCAGUGAUUUCUUCAGGGCUAUGUUCGAGGUAGACAUGAAAGAACGUGAUGAUGGGUCAGUCACUCUAAAUGACCAGUGUCCAGUGGCAGUUGGUUCUUUUCUGGACUUUGCGUACUCUGGAGAGUGCCUCAUUACAGACAGUAACAUAGACAUGUUGUUUCAGCUUGCUUCCUUCCUGCAGGUAGCAGUACUUUCCAGAGCCUGCAGUGACUUUCUGAUAGGAACCAUGGAUCUAUGUAACUGUCUGUCUCUCCUGUCUCUCGCUGAGGCCUAUGGCUCAGCAUCUCUUCUACGAAGUGCCAAAGAAUUUGUGGUUCAGAAUUUCUCUGAGCUUUCCAAAACUCAAGACUUCUUAGAUAUGCAGAUAAAUGUCCUGGAGAUAUGCUUGCGUUCUGAUGCCCUAAAUGUGCCAAGUGAAGAAGCGGUGGUGAUGUCAGUCCUUAGAUGGGUAAGGUACGAUAUCCCAGAAAGAAAGAAGUUGUUACCGGGACUAUUAUCCCUGACCAGACUCCAUCAUCUGCCUGCCCCUGACCUGAAGACACUGCAGAGUUCAGACACACUCCUUUGCAAUGAUGAGCCCUGCCUCACCCUGCUGUCCGAUGCCCAAAUCAGACACAACCAGUACAAUGGUCUCCUCACUGACGCCAGACCUGCAACAACACAGAGCUACAUUUACAUCCAUAAGACAGAGGAAAAUGGUGAAAUCCGCCACACUUUCUGCUACUGUCUGGAAACAGACCAAUGGAAAGAGUUGCCAGCGGGAGAUGGGACAGACGGAUCGACCACAUUUCCAGACCCGCCCGGAUCAUAUCUGACCAGCUUUGCAGAGAAGAUGUUUGUCACGGGUGGUUGUCGUGGAAACUGUUGCAGAGCAAUUCGUCUGCAUGUGGCAGAACCGAUCCAUGAUGCCUCUGAUGAAGUUUGGUGCUUCUGUCCCGUGACUCUAACCUGCUCCCCUGCACCAGCCUUGCUGAAGCCUCGCACCAUGCACACCGCUGUGACCUGCCUGGACAGAGUGUACGUUAUAGGAGGGCGGACGAAGGGAACCAGAGAGGGUGCUCCCCAUUUGCUGGAGGUUGAGUAUUACAACCCUCUGACUCAGACCUGGUCCUCAGUCAGCCCACUACCAACUGCCAUCUUCUAUCCUGAGGCCAGUGCCUGUGACACCGUUAUUUACACUCUUGGUUCAGAGGUAGAAAUAACGGACUCCUUCAACCCCUCACUGGACUGUUUCCUCUGCUACGACACCCAGCACGACCAAUGGAGCCGCCUGGUGGCAGAGUUUGGUCAAUUCUUCCAUGCCACACUGGUCAAAGCGGUGUCAAUUCACAAUACACUGCACCUCUGUGACCUUUCCACAUACAAGGUUUACAGUUUUUGUCCUGAUACCUGUGUGUGGAAAGGACAGGGGUCGUUUGAGUGUGCUGGCUUCAACGCAGGUGCUGUUGGUAUGAGAGACAGAAUCUACAUCCUGGGUGGGGAUUACUCUCCUGAUGAGAUUACUGAUGAGGUUCAGGUGUUCUACAGUGGGAGGAGCCAAUGGGAGGAAGUGGCACCCAUGCCCAGAGCACUCACUGAGUUUCACUGCCAGCUCAUCAGCUUUAACAGAUAUAGAGACCCAUGGUGUGACCUGGUAGAAACACAGUAGUGACACAGUCAUGUUUGACUGCACAUCACAUCCAUGAGUGGAUGUGCAUGUGUAACAAUAAGCAACGCACCGGGAUGACUCUGUCCUGCCUGUAAACCCUACAUGCAUGUUGGACAUCUCACAGCAACUACACAGAAUAACAGUAAAGAAGAGUCUUGGCUCCACAUCGCUUUUCUUACAAAUCAACGCAAGACAAGAACAAGAAAUUAUUUUUAUGUGUAUAUUUAUUUAUUUACAAACUCACAAAUACAAUGGAGAUCGUAUUUGUGAAGCCCUUUUGGUUGAAUGGUCUUAAUAUUGUUUCUCCCAUGGAGGAAAUCUGAUGAGCAUGAGGAUAUACCAGAGACCUUCUUUUGGGAACUUAUUAUUUUUAUUAUUAUUAUUAGACUUUAUAAAAGAAAAUUGACUCAAUGUAAUUCAGAUACUUACCUUACUCAGUGGCAACAACGUUAUUGAUCAAUAUUACACUGUAAUUUAACUUACCUCCACCCGCAUUCUUGUCACUCGAUGCUAACCGGCGAAGCAGCAUGAACGGUGAGCAUCGACACAAACAGCUUUCAAUGAUUUUUGGACAAAAACUAAAAAUGAAGCUGAGCCUAAGGUGCAACCAAAUGUCUGCUGUAAUCGCGAUGUGUCAAAGUGUUGCUGAAUAAAUACUGCUAAAAGGA